UUUAUUACCACCAUGGCCUCUGUACCCUUUCCUCCUCUUGCGCUCGUGCCAUAUCUCACUCAGAUCGCAGCCAUCCUGACUGAGCGCAAGCAGAGCGUAUGUGUCGCCGAGACUGCUGCAGGCGGGCUUAUCUCGGCCUCACUCUUGUCUGUCCCCGGAGCCAGCGCGUACUAUGCAGGUGGUUUGACGGUGUAUACCCUUGCGUCUCGUACUACGUUCUGUGAUUUUACGCCCGAUGACUUCGUCAACUACCAGGGUCCCACGCCGGCGAUUGUCGAGCGUCUCGCGACGAGUACACGAGCGAAGUUGCAAGCAACGUAUGCUAUCAGCGAGUCAGGUACCGCUGGACCGACAACGGCGAGGCCAACACAGACUCUUGGUUACGUCGCACUCGCUAUCGCAACUCCAAGCGGGGUCAUAAGCAGGGAACUUAAGACCGGGACAUCGGAUAGGCAGACGAACAUGGUCCUCUUCGCGGAGGAGGCGCUGAAGUUCUUCCUUCAAGUGUUGAAGGGGGAGAUCGCAGAGCGGAAAAUGGCUCUUUAAAUUGCAGAGAUGCCAGGAACUGACUUACUGGAUGACAUUUGGAUAUGCUUCGACUAACCAUGCGACUGAUAGGUAGUCGUUUGCCCUGUCCCGACUUCAUCUGCCUCAGAGUACAUGUAAUCUUGAGCAGGACGUUGUGCCAUUCUAUGCAAGGUGGUUGGAUUUGGCUAUGUCCAGGGAAUAUGACAACCGUGCGCCUGUGAGACCGCUGCUUGCCUUUCGAUAGAAACGAUCUCGAAAGGGAUGUUUAGCAUAAAGAU